ACCUCACCCCAGCCGCCAGACGUCACCCCAGCCGCGAACGUCACCCCCAGCUGCCAACGUCACCCAGCUGCCAGACGUCACCCCCCCCCAGCGCCACCAGACGUCACCCCCAGCCGCCAGACGUCACCCCAGCCGCCAGACGUCACCCCAGCAGCCAGACGUCACCCCAGCCGCCAGACGUCACCCCAGCCGCCAGACGUCACCCCAGCAGCCAGACGUUACCCCCCAGCCGCCAGACGUCACCCCAGCUGCCAGACGUCACCCCAGCCGCCAGACGUCACCCAGCCGCCAGACGUCACCCCAGCAGCCAGACGUCACCCCAGCCGCCAGACGUCACCCCAGCCGCCAGACCGUCGGCCGCCAGACGUCACCCAGCCGCCAGACGUCACCCCAGCCGCGGAGCGUCACCCAACCGCCAGACGUCACCCAAGCCGCCAGACGUCACCCCAGCCGCCAGACGUCACCCCAACCGCCAGACGUCACCCCAGCCGCCGAACGCGUCACCCCCAGCGCCAGACGUCACCCCAGCCGCCAGACGUCACCCCAGCCGCCAGACGUCACCCCAGCCGCCAGACGUCACCCCACCGCCAGACGUCAGCCCCACCCACCGCCAGACGUCACCCCAGCGCCAGACGUCACCCACCGCCAGACGUCACCCCAGCAGCCAGACGUCACCCCAGCCGCCAGACGUCACCCCAGCCGCCAGACGUCACCCCAGCCGCCAGACGUCACCCAGCCGCCAGGCGUCACCCCAGCCGCCAGACGUCACCCCCAGCCGCCAGACGUCACCCCAGCGCAGACGUCACCCCCGGCCGCCAGACGUCACCCCGGCAGCCAGACGUCACCCCAGCCGCCAGACGUCACCCCAGCCGCCAGACGUCACCCCAGCCGCCAGACGUCACCCCAGCCGCCAGACGUCACCCCCAGCAGCCAGACGUCACCCCAGCCGCCAGACGUCACCCCAGCAGCCAGACGUCACCCAGUCCGGCACAUGACCAAAAAUGUGUCCGGCCAUGUCGGAGGACCUUGGUUGAAUCUGCUGAUCUGUCCCUGA